AAAUUUCUCAUAAAAUACAUCCGUUGGUAAGACAUAUUUGCUUGAGAGUGUAAACUUUAAUUAUGUUUGAAGUUGCAAAUGAAUGCCGGACAUACAUUUUAUUGUAAUCAAAUUGGCAAAUCGUAGUCAUCUUGAAUCCAAAUUGUUUACAAAUUGUUUGGAGGAUUGUACUUUGGUAUUUUUUUUGCUUUUAUCGCUUUUAAAUCAAUGUUCUUAAGUUAAUAGAACGUACAUAUUUGAAUCGCGCUACACUCGAUUUUAUGUCUGCUAAAAUGCCUGUAGAUAUAAAUCGCUUAAGUGACGGUUGGCUGGAGCUGGAAUCUGACCCAGGCCUGUUUACAUUACUUUUAGAAGAUUUUGGUGUAAAAGAUGUACAAGUUGAGGAAGUAUAUGAUCUACAAAAACCAAUAGAAGGGCCUGUGUAUGGUUUUAUAUUCCUUUUUCGUUGGAUUGAGGAACGACGAGCUAGGCGUAAAAUAGUUGAAACUACAGCUGAAAUAUUCGUUAAAGAUGAAGAAGCCGUUUCAAGUAUAUUCUUUGCACAACAAGUAGUACCAAAUAGCUGCGCUACUCAUGCACUGCUCUCAGUUUUACUUAAUUGUAGUGAAACUGAAUUGUAUCUGGGAAAUACGCUUAGUCGUUUAAAAGCCCAUACUAAGGGUAUGUCCCCGGAAAACAAAGGAUGGGCUAUUGGCAAUACACCAGAGUUAGCUUGUGCUCACAAUGCUCACGCUAUGCCACAAGCUCGCAGAAGAUUGGAUCGUAAUUCGGGUGCAGGCGUUUCAACAGGAAGAUUUACGGCAGGUGAAGCAUUCCACUUCGUCAGCUUUGUUCCUAUAAACGGUCAUCUUUUUGAAUUAGAUGGUCUGAAACCAUUUCCCAUGGAUCACGGCCCAUGGGAAGAGUGUGAAGAUUGGACAGAUAAAUUUCGACGUGUGAUGGCAGAACGUUUGGGUAUUGCAACAGGUGAACAAGAUAUUCGGUUCAAUUUAAUGGCUGUUGUACCGGAUCGUCGCAUCGCGAUAACACAUAAACUUAAAAUGCUAAGGACAAAUCAGGCUAUCGUUUCGGGCACAUUACAAAAACUACUAAAGGCAAAUGAAAGUGGUGAAACAAGUAGUGAAUCCUGUACGGGCACAGAUCAACGAAGUUGUUCACCAUCACCGUUACUUGAAGCAAACGCUUUCACAGUACGAGAUUUGCAAUCUUUAUUGAAAAAUUUAGAUUCAGAGAUUGCAAUCAAUGAACAACAUCUUAAUGAUGAAAAUGAUAGGCGUUAUAUGUUUAAAGUUGACGAUUGCCGUCGCACGCAUAACUAUGACGAAUUUAUAUGCACAUUCCUCUCUAUGCUAGCUCAUCAAGGCGUUCUUGGUGAAUUAGUAAGUCAACAUUUAUUACCUUCUAAGAAAAUCAGCGGCCAAAGUCGCAUCACAAAACAGAAUGCGUCGAAUGCAACAACACCGAAACAAAAAAAUGGAAAAUCACCUAAAGCACCUGGACGUCGAAGAAAAGGCCGAAAUAAAUGCAAAAAACGUAAAUGAAUAUUCUCUUUAUAUUUAAAAUAAA